AUGGCAAGCAACGACUCUGUGGAAAGCAAGUUCACAUUAGCUGCAAACACAGAACGUAUUGCUGGAAAUUCCGUUUCUUCCUCUGAGAGUCCAUCUUCGCCAGUCGGGUCACGUCCACCCGAAGAAUUCGCGCCAAUCCGCACGACCCCAUCAGGCUCCCCGGCAGAUUCCACAGGGCCAAGGUUAGAUGAUGAUGGUGUCGAGCGUACUAUAUCUCUCCGGCGCAGCUAUGUCUCCGGUCACGAUACCAAAGGUGAGGACUGGGCCCAAAUAGAAAGACUGAUUUCUCGGAUGUUCGGCUCUGAGCGCAGAGCAAAUUCCGAAGAUGAGAAAACACGUCAUGUUGGAGUUGUAUGGAAAUAUCUCACCGUGAAGGGCGUGGGCCUUGGAGCCGCUCUCCAACCUACCAACGGAGACAUUUUCCUCGGGUUGCCACGGUUCAUUAAGCAACUAUUCACUCGGGGAAGGAAGGGUGUCGGGGCCGGAAAAGCACCGAUACGAACGAUCUUGGAUGAUUUUACUGGCUGUGUUCGUCCGGGGGAAAUGCUUCUUGUUUUGGGCCGCCCUGGCUCCGGCUGCUCCACUUUCUUAAAAGUGCUCGGCAAUCAACGAGCGGGCUACGAAAGCAUUGAAGGGGAUGUGCGGUAUGGCGGCACCGAUUCAGAAAAGAUGGCGAAGCAGUAUAGGUCUGAAGUCUUGUACAACCCCGAGGACGAUCUCCAUUACGCAACUUUGACAGUGCGAGAUACACUGCUUUUUGCCCUGAAAUCCCGAACUCCGGACAAAGCUUCACGAAUCCCAGGAGAAAGCCGAAAAGAAUAUCAGGAUACAUUCUUGUCUGCCAUAGCGAAGCUGUUCUGGAUUGAACAUGCUCUGGGAACUAGAGUUGGCAAUGAGCUCAUUCGUGGAGUUUCCGGGGGUGAGAAGAAACGAACCUCAAUUGCUGAAGCUAUGGUUACAAAGGCUAGCACCCAGUGCUGGGACAACUCUACCAGGGGCUUAGACGCCAGUACAGCGCUGGAGUAUGUUCAAAGCUUGCGAAGUCUAACAAAUACCGCCAAUGUUUCAACGGUGGUGGCUCUCUACCAGGCCUCGGAAAAUCUAUUUGAUCUGUUCGACAAGGUCAUUCUGAUCGAAGAAGGAAAAUGCUCUUUCUUCGGACCAACACAGGAUGCAAAACCCUACUUCGAACGGCUGGGCUUUGAAUGCCCCCCGCGUUGGACAACCCCGGACUUUUUGACUUCUGUCAGUGACCCCAAUGCGCGACGUGUUAAAGCUGGCUGGGGUGACCGAAUCCCUCGUAAUGCAGCUGAAUUUCAAGCUGCAUAUCGCAAAAGUGAUACAUAUCGAGCCAACCUGGCGGAUAUUGAAAGUUUCGAGGGCGAAAUCGAAGCCCAAAGGCAGGAGAGAGAGGCUGCAAGAAGUACCGCCAAGCGGAAAAACUACACGAUCUCAUUCUAUAAACAAGUUAUGAUCCUCACACAUCGUCAAUUUCUGGUAAUGUUUGGUGAUAGAGAGUCAUUGAUCGGAAAGUGGAGUGUGAUAACCUUCCAAGCCCUCAUUGUUGGCAGCUUGUUUUACAAUCUUCCGGAUACAAGCAAUGGUGUUUUCACGAGGGGUGGUGUGAUGUUUUUUAUACUGCUUUUCAAUGCAUUGCUUGCUAUGGCAGAGCUGACAGCAGCAUUUGAGAGUCGACCAAUCUUGAUGAAACAUAAAAGCUUCUCUUUCUAUCGCCCUGCAGCUUAUGCGCUUGCCCAAGUUGUGGUUGAUGUGCCUCUUGUGUUUAUACAAGUCGUUCUAUUUGAUAUCAUAGUAUACUUCAUGGCAAACCUUGCGCGAACACCUUCGCAGUUCUUCAUAAAUCUGCUUUUCAUUUUCAUUCUCACAAUGACGAUGUACUCAUUCUUUCGUGCUCUUGGGGCUCUAUGUUCCUCGUUGGAUGUUGCCACACGUCUCACUGGUGUUGCCAUACAGGCAUUGAUUGUAUACACAGGCUAUCUCAUCCCUCCGUGGAAAAUGCACCCGUGGUUAAAGUGGCUCAUUUGGAUCAACCCCGUCCAAUACGCAUUUGAGGGAUUGAUGGCCAACGAGUUCCAUAAUCUCCGGAUAAAGUGUGAACCACCUUACAUUGUGCCUGAUGGGCCGAAUGCGGUGUCUGGCCACCAAUCCUGUGCAGUCCAGGGCAGUGAUCCAGACCAAUUGGUCGUUCAUGGUCCCAAGUAUAUCCAAACGGCGUACACUUACAGCAGAGCACACCUGUGGCGGAAUUUCGGCAUCAUCAUCGGAUGGCUUAUAUUUUUUAUCUGUUUGACGAUGUUGGGAAUGGAAUUGCAGAGACCUAAUAAAGGUGGCUGCUCGGUCACGGUGUUUAAAAGAAGCGAAGCCCCCAAGGCAGUUCAAGAUAUCGUGAAACGAUCUGCCCCGCCAGAAGAUGAAGAGUCUGCAGAGAAGGAUGGCAUAGCGACCAACAAAAAUGACGGCAGCUCGGGAGAAUCCAGUGACAAGGUCCAGGACAUUGCUCAAAACACUGCAAUAUUUACAUGGCAAAACGUCAACUACACCAUUCCAUACAAGGGUGGACAGAGACAACUAUUGCAAAAUGUUCAAGGAUAUGUCAAGCCUGGUCGACUGACUGCAUUGAUGGGAGCUUCUGGCUCAGGUAAAACCACGUUGCUCAAUGCGCUAGCACAGCGAAUCAAUUUUGGUGUGGUCACUGGCAACUUCUUUGUUGAUGGAAGGCCUCUCCCGAGGAGUUUCCAGAGAGCGACAGGAUUCGCCGAGCAGAUGGACAUUCACGAACCCACCGCUACUGUGCGGGAGUCUCUCCAGUUCUCUGCUCUGUUACGGCAGCCAAAAGAAGUCCCAUUACAAGAAAAGUAUGACUAUUGUGAGACAAUCAUUGACCUGUUAGAAAUGCGGUCCAUCGCCGGCGCAACCGUUGGAUCUGCGGGCUCAGGCCUCAACCAGGAGCAACGCAAACGACUCACCAUUGCAGUAGAGUUGGCAAGUAAACCAGAGUUGUUGCUUUUCUUGGAUGAGCCGACAUCCGGUCUCGAUUCUCUGGCCGCAUUCAACAUCGUACGCUUCCUUCGCCGACUUGCAGAUGCCGGACAGGCUGUUCUCUGUACAAUCCAUCAACCCUCUGCCGUGUUAUUUGAGAAUUUCGAUGAGCUCUUGCUGCUUAAAAGCGGUGGAAGUGUAGUUUACAACGGGCCCCUUGGAAAUGACUCCAGGACGUUGAUUGAUUACUUUGAACAAAAUGGCGGGAGGAAGUGCUCACCGCAUGAAAAUCCAGCAGAGUAUAUGUUGGAAGUCAUUGGAGCCGGAAACCCUGAUUAUAAAGGUCAGGACUGGGGCAAUGUAUGGGCCAACUCGCCAGAGUCCAGCCGGCUUUCUGAGAGUCUAGAGGAUAUCAUUGCCUCCCGUCGCAAUUCUCAAGAUGAUGAGAAGGUUAAAGACGGUCGCGAGUACGCAAUGCCUCUCUAUGUUCAAGUAGUCGCAGUCACCAAGCGCGCAUUCGUGGCUUACUGGAGAAGCCCAGACUACAUCCUUGGCAAAUUUAUGCUUCACAUCUUUACCGGCCUUUUCAACACCUUCACAUUUUGGCAUCUUAGAGAUAGCUCCAUUGACAUGCAAUCGCGGCUAUUCUCUGUCUUCAUGACGUUGACAAUCGCUCCACCGUUAAUACAGCAACUCCAACCACGAUAUAUCCAUUUUCGCGGACUUUAUAAAUCUCGCGAAGCUAACUCCAAGAUCUACUCUUGGGUUGCCUUUGUGACGAGCACAAUUGUCCCAGAACUGCCCUACUCGAUUGUUGCCGGGUCAAUUUACUUUAACUGCUGGUACUGGGGAACUUGGUUCCCGCGCGACUCGUUCAGCUCUGGCUACGUUUGGAUGUCGCUGAUGGUCUUCGAACUAUACUAUGUUGGACUUGGCCAAUUCAUAGCCGCACUUGCACCCAACGAGCUCUUUGCUAGCUUGCUUGUGCCGACUUUCUUUACCUUCAUUGCUUCCUUCUGCGGUGUUGUCGUCCCUUACGCCGCAUUGCCGCAUUUUUGGCAGUCGUGGAUGUACUGGCUUACGCCUUUCCACUAUCUUUUGGAGGGAUUUGUUGGAGUCAUCACGCAUAAUGUCCCAAUGCGCUGUAUUGAGCGUGAAGAAUCUCGCUUCAGCACUCCGGCUGGCAUGAACUGCCGACAAUAUGCUGGGUCUUAUGUCGAAAAGGCUGGUGGAUAUGUCCGAGACGCUGGAAAUGGAAUGUGCGCGUUCUGCCAAUACUCCAAUGGUGAUCAAUAUGCUAAGAGUAUCAAUGUGUUUUACUCGCACAAGUGGAGAGAUUAUGGAAUCUUCUGGGGAUAUGUCAUCUUCAACUUUGCUCUUGUUUUCGUUUUCUCGUGGUUAUAUUUGCACGGUGUGAGCAACAUGAAACGUUGGUUCAGUGCGCGUAAGACGAGAAAGGGCAAAGACAGUUCUUGA